GCCUAAGUCCAACUUAGAGGUCGUGGGUAGUUGUGAUCGUAAAACACAAGAAUCAACCACCAAAAGCAAGAAAGCGGGACUUGUACACGAUGCAAUUCAAGGUCUUGGCCCGUCAUGCAAAUACUUGCAGUUUAUCAUGACUUCGGCGCCUGAUGAUAUAUAUGAUAAUACUACCAUCCCAUUGGCGGCCUCAGUUUGGCACUCGGAUUUUGAUCAAGAAACAUACAUAACUGCGUCUGAUAUAGGAGAGUUCCUUCGCGGGGCGUGCUUAAACAUUUCAGCGAUCCAAGUCUACAUAUUGUGUUUAUUGCACGAUCAUGCCAAAUCAUUUGAAAUGUCUCGGAUUUCGUUCAUUUGUCCCGAGAUUAUGUCAAGCACUAGAAUCAAGGCCGACCCUGGAGCGCCAACAAUGUAUUUGAAAAACAUUUUCCAAGCUGAAAUUGAAAAGGAGAAGAUGGGUAAUCCUAACCUAACUAAUUGGUUUUUAAUCCCAUAUAAUCAAGAAAAUCAUUGGAAUUUAUACGUGAUGGACCUACGUAGAGGUUAUGUAUAUAUUUUCGAUUCUGCUAGAGAUCCACGUCGAACAGAUUAUGCAUGGGGAAUCUUGAGUUUGGCAUACCAAGUGUACAAGUGCAAUGGUGGGCAUUGUCCGAAUAAAACGAGUUUUAAGUCGUGUAAACCCAUUCAUAUAGAGGUAUAACAUGUUUCUUAAUUAGCUUUUUGCUUUGUUUUUAUUAACUAUUGGCCUUGCAAGAUAAAGUAUUAUGUUUCUUAAUCAGUGUGCUCAACAA